AUGACAAUAUUCUGGCUCGUGCAAUUGCAGAAUGCUAUUUUAAGAUACAAACUCUACACAAAGAAAGAAGAAUUCCCAUGUUGGAUUGACUUUCAACAAGUGCUCCUCUACACACCAUCACUCAUGAACACUGCACGGGAGUCGUGGUCACUUCCUGACCUACAACCCUUGGGCUAUCAGUUUCAAAUCAUGAUUCUCCUUCUGGGCAAGUCAACAGCCCGGAUCAGCUCCUCCAAUACACCUUUGCAGUUGUUCAACAUGCUCUCGCUUCAGGCUCUCGCCGCGGCCAAGUUGUCAAAGAAGCACUUUAUUCGCUAA